CACCGCCACCCUCUUCCUUGGGUGCCCUGAGGGAGACUCUGUCAGGAGGCCAGCGCUGCCUCCUGCGCCAGCUGUGGCCAGGUUUUAUUCACUUGGUGCUGGACAGGGAGGCCACAGCCAGGAGCCCGUCACCCCUCUGCAGCACCGCCGCUGAAGAACAUGAGUUAACCGGCGAGGACCCGGCUACACACAGGCAGCGGCAGCCGCCGUGAUUGAUCGGUCGAGCCACGCCCCGGGGGCCGCCAUUUUAAACAGUUCCCCCGGCCCAGGUGCUCUCCCCUUCGCCGUACAUCGAGCGCUGGGCCCGCCCGCUCCGCAGACAACUUUAAGACAUUACUGUCCGAGAAGCUUGAAAUAAUUUUUUUGCCUGUGAAAACUGGAAAAUGUUUAAAAAUCACUAUCAGGGUGGCCCAUUUGUUGAAAUAUUCAGUGCUCAAGGCAAGAACCCAGAAGCAAUAUGGAAGAUUUCUGGCAAUCCAUCAGCUAUAUGGAAAGAAUAUGAUAAGCAAGUAAAAGGCUUUGUUUUUGUACUUGAAGGAAACAGUCAAAUCAACAAAAUGCAGCUACCAAAGGAAACUAGACAAACAUUGGGACUGAUCCAGAGAUUUCUGACACUUCAGAUUUUUGUGCCACUGGGACGAGACUUCUCCACUGAGUUACUGAUAACUGAUUUAGGAAAUAAAAGAAGAUUGUAUGUAUCAACAGUGCACAAGGAGUUGUGUGUAACCCCUUUGCAUGCAAAAAUUCCACUGCUUACAAUGAAGUGCAGAAUAUGGUGCAAUAUGUGUAUUGACUUGGUAGGAUUCACCAGUGAAAUAUUCAGAGGAGCUGCCUUCCAGUCUUUGGAUGGAAUUAGUAUUUCAGCCACCUGUAAACUGAGAAAGAUCUUCACUUUAAAAUCCAAGCCUCAAGAUACAGCUGAGGAAGAUGGUAGCUCAGUUAAUCGAGGACAACACAAUAUACGCACAGGUAAAACCCAGGAUGUAUCACAUACUGCAUUUGGGUCAAAGAUCUUUGGGCCACCUCUAUCUUCCAACAGAAGAGUCAGUACAAGGGUAUCUAGAGAGGUAACAAAGACCCACAGCAGUAAAAGUAAUAAAUCUUGCCAACUUCAAGGCAAGGGAAAUGGAGCUGAAUCCAUACAAGACACUGAGAGACUGGAGCUGUUGUUCUCACCGUGCAAUGAUUCUUUAGAUCAGGAAGUCAGAAGAAAUACUCAUCAAAUAAUUAAAGAUGUAUGUCAGAAUCCUGCAAUUCAGACUCAGGAUACCUCUGAGAGUGGAAGAGUAUACUUUCAGCUUGACUCAUCACAAGGAACAUCAGCAGACAAGAACAGUCUUCAUAGAUUAACUUUGAAAGGUGCAGCCAAAACCAUGUAGAAGAUAACCAGUGGUGAAUGGGUGUUUCCAAAAAGUCUCACUGAGUGUGAGUUGGAUAGCAGCAAGCAGUUUGUAGAUGGUGAAGAUUCAGCCUGCUGUAAUGUAACCUUGCCAAAGAAUGCCUCAGUUGAACAUCACAGCAAUGAAACAGGUGAUCACCAAAUGAAUAAUAAAGAGACUUUCUCAUUUUCAUCAAGACCUUGAUCAGCUCCUCAUGGGAAUUCUCCAGAUAUGUCACCGGAAUAUGGCAUUUUCCAUUUGGAUUUGAAGCAAGAUAGUAACAGAGUACAUGGGAAAAGCCAGACUGAAGAUAAUGAUCAAGGAACUGAGGGCAAUGAAGAGGAUGACAACAGUGAAUUUAUCCAGAGAACAGAAAACCUUGAGAUCAGCCACAGUAGGCCAGGAACACCUGAUUCAGCAGUUUUUAAAGAGAGCCCAUUGAAGAGGAUGUCAUGGAGAAACGAAUAUUGGAAGAAUAAGGGACACAGCAAACAUGACCUCAAAGAGACUAUCUUAUCAAAACCACAGAGUUCCACUGUGAGCAACACAGAUUCUGUUAGCUCUCAGAAAAGCUUAAAGCCUACUCUUUCUCUGUCUCCAACUGGAAGUAAAUCUGCAUUCUUUAAAGAAUUUCCAAAUGGAUCUGAGAAAAAUGAAAGUUAUGAAAGAGUUUCUGGUCAAUUAAAAAGAUCUGUCAGUAAAAAAUCUCUGAAGAGGAUCUCAAGAGAAAAUUCAUGUCUGACAACACAGAGCUUUGAGUACGACUGGAAAAGCUACCAGUCAAAUAGACUCAGUUCAUCUGAACUACAGAUGCUGGCUAGCAUGAAGAGACAGCAAAGUGAAGAAUCGGGGGAUACUACGAUUUCCCAUGAGCUGAGUGCAUCACAGAUAGAUAACUGCAAUGUUAGCCUAAGUACAAGCAGUGAAGAUACAGCAAAUUGGAACUCUUGUUUCCCGCCACCCACCAGUCAGGAGCAUCACUAUCAGAAAGAAAUGAUCCGGCUUUCUCACUCCAACCCACGGGACUGGAUGAGCAUAUUCAGUCCCCCCAUCAUUCCUAGAAGCCAACAGCUGGAAAAGCACACUAAAUCUUCAACAAAUUGGAGUACUCCAGGUGACCUCAAUAACUUCAUUGCUGAAGAAGACAAGGAAAUUUAGACUAUUCUGUAUGAUCCAUGUCUGAAGUGUUACUCUGAUCCGAAUUCUGAGAAAUACUAUGAAUUGUCAUAG